GGGCAUCGGGUCACCAGGCAUCAGGUCAUUUGGCUCGACAGACAGCGGGCACCGCGUCAUCUGGCAAGGCAGUGGGCUCCGAGUCAACAGGCACGACAGUGGGGCACCGGGUCAUCAGGUACCGGAUUGUCUGGCUCGACAGCAGGCAUCGGGUCACCAGGUAUGACAGCGGGCACUGGGUCACCAGGCAUCAGGUCAUUUGGCUUGCCAGCGGGCACCGCGUCAUCUGGCAAGGCAGUGGGCACCGGGUCACCAGGCAUUGGAUCGUCUGGCUCGACAGCGGGCAUCGGGUCACCAGGCAUCAGGUCAUUUGGCUCGCCAGCGGGCACCGCGUCAUCUGGCAAGGCAGUGGGCACCGAGUCACCAGGUACGACAGCGGGCUCUGAGUCAAUUGGCACGACAGCGGGCACCGGAUCAGGUACCGGAUCAUCUGGAUCAACAGCGGGCAUCGAGUCAACUGGC